AUGGAACGGGCUACAUGUUCAUUUGAAGAAAACUAUGUAUAUAGUUUCAUUAAAAAAAAAAAACAAAAAACAAAGGUCACCUUGAAAUAUUCUCGAAAGCACAUUCACCUACACCAAGAUUUGUGACCACCAUUUCUCCCUCGAAAGAAAGUAAAUUUUACUUGAAAUAUUUUUUUUUUUAUGACGAAUAGUUUAAGUAAGUAGAUAACUGCGUCGAACAUCCUAUAUAUGUGUCUAUAUUUGUGUCUUAUAUUUAUAUAAAUAUUACAAGUGUCAGAAUAAUGUGAAGACAUUAUUUUGCAGACAUUAUCGCGUUCAUUAUUUACUCCAAAUUUGUUAUUUGCUUGCACUUGUUUGCCUCAUGCUCCACAUUUUGGAUAGACAAAUUGAAUAUACUUCGAGAACUGAUUUUCUAUGGCAAAAUAAAUUAAAAAUAGAACAGGAUGAGGUUGAAACUAUGAGAGGUAUUAAUAAAAUUCUCCUCGAAAACAUACUGCCUGCUCACGUAGCAGAACAUUUCUUAACGAACGUCAGAGCAACUCAGGAUCUUUAUCACGAAAGAUACAGCAGUAUUGCCGUAAUGUUUGCAUCUAUUCCAAAUUAUAAAGAGUUCUAUGAUGAAACUGAUAUAAAUAAACAGGGAUUGGAAUGUUUGAGGCUUCUAAAUGAAAUUAUAUGUGAUUUUGACAAAUUGUUGCUCAAACCGAAGUUUUCUGGAAUCGAAAAAAUUAAAACUAUCGGUAGUACUUAUAUGUUAGCUUCUGGUCUUAAUCCAGGAAAAAAAGAUACUAAUGAAGAGGAACUUUCAAAACAACAAGAUUAUAACAUAAUUAUUCUUGUUGAAUUUGCUCUUGCUUUGAUGACAAUUUUAGAUCAAAUCAACAAAGAAUCUUUUCAACAGUUUAAAUUAAGAAUAGGUCACUGUCACUUUUUCAAAUUGCUUGAUGAAUUCAUUCUUGUUCCUGGUAUUGAGAUAUUUAGAAGAUAUCUAGAAGGCAAGUUCAACAAAUCACGAUUAAUUCAAAGUCGUUUGAUCAUAAAUAAAAAUAUUGAUGAAAUAAGAAUUAUGAUGAAUAUGCAAAGUAGUGCCCAUUUGUAUCUAUACGACAUUGAAGUUGUCCAAAAUGUCAAAGGCCGUGCAGUUGUUACAUUUCAGGGCAGAUGCUACUAUGAAUCUUUAUUUCAAAUUAUACACAAGUUUCUUAAUCGCGAAAAAGUAUGUCAUGAUGUCAAUCAAAUCGAUAUGAUCGGAAUGUUCAAGUUUAGUCCUCAGAUUAGUUCAGCCGAGUCUGGUUUAAAUCAUGGACCUGUGAUAGCAGGUGUUGUCGGAGCACAGAAACCUCAAUACGACAUUUGGGGUAAUACUGUAAAUGUAGCAUCAAGAAUGGAUAGUUGUGGAGAAAUGGGAAAACUUCAAGUUACUGAAAAUACAGCCAAAAUUUUAAUUGCUGCUGGUUACGAAUUGACAUGUCGAGGUCCUAUUUAUGUUAAAGGAAAGGGAACUUUGAUAACAUAUUUCGUGAAGACACCGUAUGACGAAAAAGAAAAAAAUUCUUAA